AUGGAAACAGUUUCUAUCCCCUCUUUUGACUCCAACGAUAGGCUCUUCGAAAAUGGCAAAGCCUUCUGGAACAACUACCUCAUAGGCCGCCCCUCAGUCCCUGACUCCUUCUUCCAGCGCCUCUUCAACUAUCACCAAUCCCACGGCGGCCAAUUCGGCACCGCCCAUGAUGUAGGAGCAGGGAAUGGGCCCUACGCGCACAUCCUCCGCUCCAAGUUCCAGCACGUCAUCAUCUCGGAUGUCGCAAAGGAAAAUGUUAUUCUCGCCCAGGAGAGACUCGGGAAUAACGGAUUCAGCUACCGCGUUGCUAGAAUCGAAGAGGGUGAUGAUAUUUCGCUCGGCAGCGUCGACAUGGUCUUCGCUACGAACGUGAUGCAUUUUUGCAAUCAGUCUCUCGCGAUGAGCAUGAUUGCCAAUCAGCUACGCUCUGGCGGCACAUUCGCCUGUGCUGCCUUUGGGACGGCGCAGUUCGAGGACGAAAGAAUCCACGAUAUCUACAUUCGGAUUAACCAUUCAGGGGGUCGAGUUUUACUGAACAAGGCGGAUGAUCCAGGGAAGCUGGCGAGCGUCAUGGCUCGAACAAAGAAUAACUACAAUGUUGCCCCGUUGGAUAAGGAUUCCUUUCUUCCCGGGGCGCGGCGGAUUCAUCUUAAUAUGGAAAAAGGGGGCAUCACGGCUCCUUUGCCGCCUGAAGUGAAAGUCGACGAGCUCGUCUAUACUGGGGUUGACGAUGUUGAAGUGUUUGCUCAGGAAGACGGAUGGGACUUUGUGACUGACCUGGAGGGUAUGAGAGAGCAUCUUCUUUCGUUUCCGUUUGUUAAAGAGGAUCCGGGUUUCGGGAAGUUGUGGCAGGAGAUGGAAGGGGUUAUUGGGGAUGGUCGGGUGAAGGGCACUUGGCCUGCGAAGAUUAUUCUUGCUACAAGGCAAUAG